AUGUUGAUCAGGAUUGGCCCCACUCAGUUUUCGGAGCAUCAUCUUCCUGUUGUGAAGAACGUGGGGCCAGAAUAUCCCACCCAGAAGUCAUCCCCAGCUCCAUUCAUGACUGAAGGAACUUCUACAUCAGUUGAGCUAGACUUGCAGCCCUCCAAUGCCACCAACACCACGGACUGUGGGGAGGAUAUCUUGCUGUAUGGGGACACUGAGAAAGUAGUCAUUGGGACGGUCCUCUCGGCCAUCACCCUGUUGACCAUUGCCGGCAACAGUUUGGUUGUCAUCUCUGUCUGCAUAGUGAAAAAGCUCCGUCAGCCGUCCAACUAUCUGGUGGUCUCCUUGGCUGCUGCCGACCUGUCUGUGGCUUUUGCCGUCAUGCCCUUUGUUAUCAUCACGGACCUGGUGGGGGGGGAGUGGCUCUUUGGGGAGGUCUUCUGCAACGUGUUCAUUGCCAUGGAUGUCAUGUGCUGCACAGCAUCCAUCAUGACUCUCUGUGUCAUCAGCGUGGACAGGUACCUGGGAAUAACCCGACCUCUGACAUACCCUGUGAGACAAGACGGGAAGCUGAUGGCCAAGAUGGUGUUCAUUGUUUGGCUCCUCUCUGCCUCCAUAACUCUUCCACCCUUGUUCGGUUGGGCUAAAAACAUCACCGUGGAACGGGUGUGUCUCAUCAGCCAGGACUUCGGUUACACCGUCUACUCCACUGGGGUCGCCUUCUACAUCCCCAUGACGGUCAUGCUUGUGAUGUACAACAGGAUCUACAAGGCGGCCAAGGCCAGUGCUCAGAAACACCGAUUCAUGGACUUUUCCAGACCCUACGAGCAGGACGGUGUCUACUGCAUUGAGACCGGCGCCCGGUGCCAAUACAGCACCAAGCGAAACAAGGCAGUGGAGGAGUGCGCCACCUUGUCCAAACUUCUCUGUCAAGACAGGAAGAACAUUUCCAUCUUCAAGAGGGAGCAGAAAGCAGCCAGGACCCUGGGCAUCAUUGUUGGGGCCUUCACGUUUUGCUGGCUCCCGUUCUUCUUGAUGUCAACGGCCAGGCCUUUCAUCUGUGGCAGCCGUUGCAGCUGCAUACCACUACGGCUGGAGAGGACCCUGCUGUGGCUGGGCUACACCAACUCUCUCAUCAACCCCUUGAUCUACGUGUUCUUCAAUCGGGACCUGAGGACUACUUUCUGGAACCUGCUGCACUGUAGCUACCGCAACAUCAACCGGAGACUCUCUGCUGCCAGCAUGCAUGAAGCCUUGAAAGCCACAGAGAAGCAUGAUGGCAUACUUUAAGGCUGUGGGCCAACUGGCCAUUGAUGUUAAAGAUGGUGGAAUUAGGGUUGCCAGAUUCAAGGCCUGAGACUGAUCAUGUAUC